AUGAAAUUUUUAGUUACCAUUUUAGUUGCAUUAUUAGCAGUUUCCUUUGCUUCAGCCACCAGUCCAUUCCAAUGUGGUCCAAGAAAUGUUUGCCAACCAUUCCAAUCAUGUGUUUGUGACCAUGGUGUUUUCAAAUGUGUUUAUGAUUGCCCUGAAGUUCAAAUUGUUCAAACCAUUUUUAAUAGAUGGGCCGAUAAUAACGGAAAUCAACCAUCUGUCCAAGUUCAAGUUGAUAUCAUCAAUAGAACCAAUAGAAAUAUCAAAGACAUCAUCAUUGCCACUGAUGUAAAUCUUAACAGUAACCAAAUCUGGGGUGUUGAUAAAAUCUUUGUUUCAAAUGGUAUCACUGUCAUUGAUCUCCCAUCAUAUGUUGAUAUUGCUGCUCAUGGAAAAUAUUCAUUCGGUUACAUCAACAGAGGUAACUCUGCUGCUCACCUUUACGUUAAAAAUGUUUUAGUUAACUAA